CCUGAUCAUUUACCCUGGAACGAUCUCAACCAACAUCAGAACCUGAUCGUUGUCGAUGCAGGGUGCCCAGGAACGAAGCAGUUACUGAAGGCAUCCGGUCAAAUGCUGUAUUAUCGCGUCAAGUGGAUUGUUAUGAAUAGGAACGAGUUGGAUUGUAACUAUUUUCUGGAGUUUUUCAGCGAUCUUCGUGUGUUGAUCAGUAAUGAAAUUUACUACAUUUGUGCUUCAGUGAAGACGGAUAGUUUUUCAAUUCGACAAGGUGAUCUACAAUUAAAAUGCUAUCAUUUCGUGAAACAAGUAACAUCCCAAAACAUUUCAGUUUAUCGCUACUCGCUGGAAACUGACCUAAUCGUGGAAUUAUUCGGCUACUGGAGACACGGAGUGAUCAAGAAACUACAAUCCACCUCGAUCAGUGCUGUUCGUCGACAAAAUAUGAAUCACUUCAAACUCAGAGCAUCGAUGGUGGUAACCCAGAACGAUACUCUGAACCAUCUAGAAGACUACCGGGAUAAACAUAUAGAUUCGAUAACGAAACACAAUUACUUUCUCACCAAGUAUUUCGUGCAGAGCUUCAACGCCACGGUACAGUUCAGUUACGUGAACUCGUGGGGUUAUUUUAAUUCAACAACCGGUCGCUUCAGCGGUAUGAUCGGUGAACUACAGAGUGAUACAGCUGAUCUCGGUGGAACGGCACUAUUUUUCACCGCCGAUCGGAUUAAGCAAAUCGAUUACCUCUCGAUGACCACCAAGACCCGAAUUAAAUUCAUAUUUCGAUCGCCCAAGCUUUCGAUCACCGACAACGUCUUUCUACUGCCAUUCAACGGAUCCGUUUGGCUUUGUAUCAUCAGCUUCAUCAUUCUUUCGGCGAUCCUUUUGCUGAUAAUAAUGUUGGUGGAGUUUCGAUACACCACCGUUUGUUAUCCGGGAGAUUUUCGUCCGAAUUUGCUGGACACGAUCAUGAACAUGUUUGGGGCGUCCUGUCAGCAAGGUUCAUAUCUGGAUCCGAAGUCACUUCCGGCGCGAUGUCUAAUACUGCUGAGCUUGAUUAUACUGAUGUUUCUCUACGCCAGCUACUCGGCCAACAUUGUGGCAUUGCUUCAGUCACCGUCGAGCAAGAUUCGUACGUUGCAGGAUCUGCUUAACUCUGCACUGGGAGUAGGAGCGCAGGAUAUAGUCUACAAUAAGUACUACAUAACGCACGAAACGGAGCCGAUACGGAAGGCAAUUUACGAACGCAAAAUGAAGAACCAUAACGGCUUCAUUCCGUUGGAUGAAGGGAUUAAAAAAAUUCGCGAAGGACUGUAUGCUUUCCACGUAGAACUGGCAGUGGGUUACAAGGUCAUCAGCGAAACCUUCCAGGAAGACGAAAAGUGCGGCCUCCAGGAGAUCGCAUACCUAAACGUUUUGGAUCCGUAUUAUGCAGUACAGAAAAACUCCUCGUUCCGCGAGAUUGUUCGUCUGGCACUAUUCAAACUGCGCGAGUUCGGCAUACAGGACAGGGAACAUGCGAUGAUCUACACCAAGAAGCCAAAAUGCACAGGCGGCAGCAGUUUCAUACCGGUUUCAAUUAUUGACGUGUGGCCGGCACUGCUACUGCUCGGAUGGGGAUUCGGCUUUUCCGCGGGGUGCUUUCUGGUGGAGAAGGUACUGACUCUUGUUAGGAAGCGAAACCGGAUUAUGGAUACGAGUGCCGUAUUCUUCAAACGAUCGAUGAAAUGAGCGAGUGUUUGUAA